AUGCCGAAUCUACAAAGGACCCCGCUUAACCCGGAAGGCGCUCCCGCGCCCUUGGGGCUUUACUCUCAAGCCAUGAAGGUUUCGUCGGGCAGCUUGCUCUACGUCGCCGGCCAAGUGGGGAUCGACGCGGACGGGAACUUGGCUGAGCCGGGGGACAUCAGGGCGCAGACCCGGCAGACCUUCAAAAACAUUGGAGACAUACUGGCCGGAGCGGGCGCCGGUUUCAGCAACGUAGUCGAGUUCACCACCUACUUGGUGGGCAAGGAGAACAUCGAGCCGUACAUUGCGGCCCGCACCGAAAUUUACCCGGGCCUGUUCCCCGACGCCGACUAUCCUCCGAAUACCCUCCUCGUCAUAUCCGGGCUGGUAAAGGAGGAAUUCCUGUUGGAAAUCAAGUGCGUCGCCGCGUUGCCCUAA